AUGAUGAUGAUUCCAACAUUCGCCAACGCUCGGAAUCGAGCGUUGGACGAAGCCAUCGCGGAACACGCGGAGCAAGUUUUGAAACGAGAAAAAGACGCGUGUAGGCACGCGAACAGAGCGUAUUUGAUGAAACAGCACCAAAAAGACGUCGGAAAAGCGUUGGGACGGUUGGAAAUACAUUUGCAGGAGUAUUCGAGAUUGAAGGAGAACGAGAAGGAGCGUUUGGCAAACGCGCGGUUGGAAAAAGUGAGAACGGAAAGAGAGAGGAAGAAGAGAGAAAGCGCUAUUGAAGAAGAAAAAGAGUUGCAAAUACACCUGAAGAAACGAAUCACGCACGAACGGUUCGCGUUGGAACAGCUGAAUGAGGAACACGAGAGGCAAACGAGGAACGCGGACGUGUGGGAAAAAAGAAGAGAAGUGGUCAACGCGUUUGAACAUCGAACGGAGGAACGAGAUCAUUUCAUGGAGAAGCAAGAGAGAGAACACGAAAAGUGUUUCGGAGAGUUGUCGAAGAAGUUACGAGUGGCGAUGGAGAACUUUGAAAGCGCGGACGUGGAACGAUUAGCGGAGAUUGCCUCCAGGAAAGGGUUGACGAGAGAUUUGAGGGAGGCGAUGGACACGCGCAAAGCGUUGUUCGAUCGUUUACGCGACGCCGAGUUGGGAUUGGAGAGAAGAGAGAAAGAGAAGCGCGCAGCUGUUGAAUCCAAAGCAAACGCAGAGCUAGUGUUAAACGAAUCAAAACGGAGACUCACGGAGGAUAUUCAACCGAAACGUUUAGAACACGAGAAGCGACGCAAAACGAGCGAAGGCGAGUGCGAAAAGACGAAGCGGAUGCACACGAAAAGCGAAGACACGCGCGAGAUGGAAAAGAAGAAGUUGAAAGAGACGAAAAAACAGUGGGAGUACCAGAAAAGAGCACUAAAGCAAGCCUCGGAUGUCGCGCAUUUGGCGAACGAAAAAUUAUCGUUGACGAAACAAACCCUACGCGACCACGCGAAACGCUUAGAGGCGCAGAAGGAGUCGCACAUUGAAACGCUCACGCAACGAUCAAAGGAAGAACGAAAGAAACAAACGGCCACUGAAAAGCAGGCUGACCUGGAAGUGAAAAGAAAGGAGUUUGAGAAGAUUUUGAAAACCGCGACGAAAGCGCACGACAUGGCGGAGCGCGACGCUACGAGAGCGCGAGAAGAGGCGAACGAGAAAUCGCGCAAAUUGCAAACCAUGAAAGCAUUCAGCGCUGGGGCGCAUUCGCAGAAACAAAACGCGGAAGAAUUGUUAAAACAAAACACAGAAGCAGAAAAACGAACGAACGAAACGAUUUUGCAGCACGCUUUCCGAGUGAAUUGUUUGAGAAGAAAGUUGGAGAGGAAAGAAGGCGUGUUGCCGGAAGCCGGCGUCUCGAGCGAACAGUUCGAGAUGUUACAAAAGAAGGUUCGGAAACUGGAAGAGACCGUGUCAGAGGCGAAAAAGGAACACGACGGAUUACUCAGCGCGGAAAAAGCGGUCGAAGAAACUUUGAAUAAAGCGCGAUUGAGUGUGAGACAAAGCGCAUGCGAACGCGAUCGAUUCGAGAAGGACUGUUUGGCGAAUGCGAAAAUCGAAGCGACGGCGGCGGAGAGAUGGAGCAAUGCGGCGGAAGAUUCGAGAAAUGACGCGUUGGUCGAGUUGCACAUCUUGAAACAACAUUGUGGUAAAGAGGCGAAUAAACUAUUGGCAAAAGACGAUUCGUGCGAUCGCUUGUUUGCAAACGAAUUGACGUUGAAAGAUUCGUUUCGAGAGGAGUUGGCGUCGUGCGAACGCGAACGGAAGGAGGUGGUGAAUGUGAAGUUGAAAGAAAUUUUGAAAGAAAAAUCGAUGUUGGUAAAAGUGGCGAAUCAGACGGAAAUGGAAAGAGAUAACGCGAAGUCGAGGUACGAGAAGGUUUUGUUGGUUGCGCCUUAUUCCUCGGAGACGAACGCGCACGUCGUCGAGGAUGACGGCGACUGUGGCGAUUCUCAACAACAACGAAGACGACGAGAGGCAAUGCACGAAACCGCGCAACAGUCCAUUUUGAAAGAACAAGCAAGAAUUAAAGAAUUGAACGCGCGUUUAUUUAGAACCAAACGCGAUACCGAUCGUCUCUCUGCUGCUAUUGAAGACGUGGAAAAAUCCAACCUCGCUUUGAUGCAUCGCAUCCGAGGGAAGUCUUUGGAGAAAUCGCCGGAUGCGCUCAAACGAGAACAGAAAGUGAAAGAAGCAAAAGAGACUCAAAAGGGUGCCAAAUCUCGAUUACGCGAGGCUGUUCGCGCGCACGAUGGUUUAGAUCAAGAGCUACGCGCACUUGAAGACGCGUUAGAAAAAAUUCAAUCGCACGCGUUGCGCUCGGCGAAGAAAAAUUACGAACGCGCGAUUGAAAGCGAACGGGGUAAGAAAGAACGUCUCGAUCGCGCAUCGAAUAUCGAAAAGAAGCUCUUAACAUCCUUGCGUUCUCUCGCAAAGUCGAGCGCGAAGAAAGCAGACUUGGUUUUCGCGAGCGAGGCGAAGAUUAAAACCAUGGAAACGAGAACGGACGUCCGAGACGCGGUGCGAGUUUUACGCAACGCGAUUUCCUCCUCCUCGUCUUCGAAGAAGACAAAGACAAAGAAACAAGAAGAAAGCACAUCACCACCAGCCUAUACCAACAAACACUUAGCCGUCCAAGCCGUGCUUAAUGCCGCCGUGCCAGCCAGAGAAGGCACGUCCUUUGCCUCUUCUUUGAAGUGGAGCGGUAAGUGGAGCGACAACGACGACCAGAGUUCGCUUCAUUCAUCAGAAUCUUUUUUGCUCCAACGAGUGUAA